AUGGGCCAAGGAGCCGGCAUGGAUGCUAUGGCUGGACACUCUCUCGACGACAUCGUCAAUCAGAACGCAAAACUUAUGCGAAGACAAAGCAUGCCUCAAGUUUUCCAUCCACAGCAGCAGCAACAACACCAACAACCUCUGCCGCAACACAUGGACACGGACGAUCCGCGACGCAUGUCCAUGAUGGAAUUUACCGGCACUUCGCCCACUGGUCCUCUGGAAUCCUACCAGUUCAGCCUCCCCAACUCGGAAAUGGUCGAUGCCACUGCAUACAUGGCCGCCAGUCAAGCAAACCCAAACAUGCAACCUCAGCGUAGACUUUCCUCAACUGCUGGCAACGACAUGGCUAUUGACAAUGGUUUCGGCCCGACAAGCUCUUUCAUGCCAAUGAUGCCGGCAACUUCAUCUUACCAAUCUCCUGCACAUCUCUCCAAUCUCGACAUGGAUCUCAACAGUCCCUACAUUAACACUCCCAUGCACAUGUCUUCUCUCGGUUACAACAGUCCGAACAUCGACAGACCCAUGUCCAUGUACGGCCACACCCCGUAUCAUCCUGGGAUGAUGAACUCUCCAAUGAACACCUCAAUGCCCAACCACAUGUACGCCCAGUCACCUGAAGCUAGUGGGAACCCGACUCCCAAGAGACCAUCCCUCGAGAACUCCCACAGCCGAUCUUCAAAAAGCCAAAGCAUGCAAACGCCAAAUCCUCACUCACGUGGACCCACGCCACAGCGACAGAACAGUAAUCGACCGCCGCAGAAUCAACGGCAGCAUUCCGGCUUCAGAGCACAACCCCAAAAUCCCCCACCAGGCUCGCGUCAGGAUGUAGGCAUGGAUCGAGGUCGGAGCUCAGACGCAACAAAUACCCCUCAGGUAGACCCUUCUCGAUACAACCCAAAUAACCAAGGAUUCAAUUGGCCCGUGCCAGAAGGUGGAUGGCCAUCGACAAUGACAGGCAAGCCCCACAUGCAUUCUCAGUACAAGAACGCAUAUUCUUCCACCGGAUUUGAUAUGCUGGGAGUCUUGAUGCGUGUGGCAACUCGACCAAACCCAGAAAUUAAUAUCGGAUCUGUCGAUUUAUCUUGCGCUUUCGUUGUGUGCGACGCAGAGAAAGACGACUUUCCUAUUGUUUACUGCUCGGACAACUUUGAACGACUCACCGGCUAUACUAGGCACAUGAUUCUCGGCCGGAAUUGCAGAUUCUUGCAGUCCCCAGACGGCAAUGUCGAAGCUGGAGUACGACGAAAAUAUGUCGACGACGAUUCAGUACUCUAUCUCAAGAACAUGAUCAACCUUCGAAGAGAAGCACAAAUAUCUCUUAUCAACUACCGAAGAGGCGGCCAGCCUUUUAUGAAUCUACUAACAAUGAUCCCAAUCUCGUGGGAUACAGAUCAGGUCAAGUUCUUCGUCGGUUUCCAGGUCGACUUGGUAGAGCAACCGAAUGCUGUAACUGACAGGAACCCUGAUGGCACUUACUCGAUCAAUUACCAAAGAGGCAUGACAAUGCCACGAUAUGUGAUGAACGCUCCUGAGUCGACCGUCAAUCGAUCAGAGCUUGGCCAAACCAUACCAAGAGACGACGUCUCAGCUAUCCUGAGUACCAUCGGAACCGGAGAAUCUGAUUUCGCCAAACGCAUGUGGGACAAGGUUCUUCUUGAGAACACAGACGACGUCAUUCAUGUUCUGUCUCUGAAAGGCUUGUUCCAGUGGAUAUCACCAUCAGCAGUCAAGGUCCUUGAAUAUGAACCUGGUGAGAUCAUUGGUACAGCACUUUCGUCAAUAUGUCAUCCCAGUGACAUUGUGCCUGUGACAAGAGACCUCAAGGACACCUCAACUGGAGCUUCGGUCAACGUCGUUUUCCGAAUUCGCAGAAAGAAUAGCGGUUACAUGUGGUUUGAAGGCCAUGGAUCGCUUCACACUGAGCAGGGCAAAGGUCGCAAGUCGAUCAUCAUGGUUGGAAGAGAACGCCCGGUCUACGCACUUAGCAGGAACGAACUCACUGGAAACAACGGAAUUGGUGAAAACGAGCUCUGGACCAAGAUGUCGACUUCAGGCAUGUUCCUCUUUGUGUCCUCCAACGUACGCCAACUGCUCGACCGUCAACCGGACGAGCUUGUAGGCGUAAGCAUUCAGUCUUUGAUGAGAGGAGAAUCAAAGGCCGAAUUUGGACGAGUCCUUGAGCACGCACGUACUGGCAAGAAAGCAUCUGUCAGGCAUGAGCUGAUCAACCGUCGCGGGCACGUUCUCUCAUCAUUUACGACGUUGUAUCCUGGAGAUGCGAAAGAAGGUCAGAAACCAACAUUCAUCGUGGCCCAAACACGUCUGGUGAAGCACUCACGAGCCAACUCCUCGUCUCGACCAGCACCAAGCCAACGUGGAUCAGAGACAGCCGUUUCUGGCAGAUUCACGCCUGGCACACCAAUGUUAGGCGAUAACACUCCACAGUCCACUACGUUGACCAACCUUCAGUCGACUGAAGGCGCAGCUCCUACAUAUGCCGGUCAGAAUGGUCUCCUGCUUGGUCGCCAGGACGAGUUCCUGGCCUCAGAGGACAACUUGUUUGACGAGCUCAAAACAACCAAAUCUUCAUCGUGGCAAUACGAGAUCAGGCAGCUGGAGAAGAAGAACCGCAUGCUCGCAGAGGAGGUGAACUCAUUGAUGGCUUCCAAGAAAAAGCGGAAGAGGAGAAAGGGUGCAGGCCAGAUGCAGAAGGACUGUGCCAAUUGCCAUACCAGAGUGACACCUGAAUGGAGAAGAGGCCCCAGCGGAAAUCGCGACCUUUGCAACAGCUGUGGUCUGAGAUGGGCCAAGCUGGUGAGUCAAUCGGCAACAAAUUCACGAGCAAGCGCGGACGGUUAA